UCAGAUCUGGUUUAUGAACUAACAGCAGUAUGUUCCUCGUGCUGACGGGAGCAUUGCUGGCGUUAUCCGUAAUUGGAGGGACCCAAGGUAAUGAUUUCACCCUUCAUACCAUCUGGCAAAUUUAUGACAAUGGAUCACGUAGGGUAGUUCAUAGUAUAGCCUGUAGAUCUAAAAAAAAAAAGUUUUUCAUUUCAUAAUAUGAAACUUAACGUGAUAUUCCGUUUUGUUUUUCAAUUCCAUCACGAUAAGAUUCUGUUUACAAAUGACUCAAAACCUCACUUCUACUUUGUAUAUUGUUCUGUAAACUCAGUUACAAAUUAUGCAAAUCACCCAAUUUUUUCCUCUUUCAGGAAACACGCCUGUUUCUUACUUGGGAUGUUACCGAGAAUCUAAAUAUCACCCCCUCUUUAAUAGAGUGUAUUUUGAUCCCAGAAGAACCAGUUAUCCAUCAAGGCGACCGAGUUUGAGUUCCAUGAUUCAGAUCUGUGCUCGUGAAGCCGUUAAGAAAAAGUACUCUUACUUUGCAAUCAAAAGAUGGCGUCAGUGUACGUGGGGACGAAAGGGACUUAGCAUCACCCGGAGAAGGAAAUGCAGAAAUCGAUGUCACAAUGGCGUCGGCAGACUGCGGUAUGCUGCAGUCUACAGGAUACAAAGAGCUUCAGGUUAUUGUUUUCAUUAGUUUUUCAUCAGUAAGUCUUAGAGCCACACCUUUUGCUGUUCAUGUAGGUUAAAAAUGUGAAUGAAUGGUUUCUGCAUGAUAAUAUUUGUGUACUGUCUCUAUCGGCAUUCAAGAAGGUGUUCAUGACUUGAAGGUUAGCGCAAAUGAAAGUAUAUUUUUGCCCCAUAAUUUCUAUUGACUGCUGAUUAAAAUGCCAAAAAUCGUCAUUGAAUCUGAUUUACGCGCAAGUGAUCGUUUUUGUCGCUAAUGAAUGCAAUUUUACGCAAUUCUUCGCCUUUUCACACAAAUGAAUGCGUAUUUUCUCAUAAUAAACAACAAAAGAAGCAGAUCUAAAAACAAGUUUUUCAUUUCAUAAUGUGAAACUUAUCGAGAUAUUCCGUUUUGUUUUUCAAUUCUAUCAGAGUAAGAUUCUGUUUACAAAUGACUCAAAAUCUCACUUCGACUUUGUAUCUUGUUCUGUAAACUCAGUUACAAAUCAUGUGAAAUCACCCAAUUUUUCCUCUUUCAGGAAAUACGCCUGUUUCUUACUUGGGAUGUUACCGAGAAUAUAAAAAUCGCGCCCUCUUUAACAUAGUGUAUUUCGGUCACAGAAGAACCAGUAAUCGAUCAAAGCGACCCAGUUUGAGUUCCAUGAUCCAAAUCUGUGCUCGUGAAGCCGUUAAGAGAAAGCACUCUUACUUUGCAAUCAAAAGAUGGCGUCAGUGUACGUGGGGACGAAAGGGACUUAGCAUCACCCGGAGAAGGAAAUACAGAAAUCGAUGUCACAAUGGCGUCGGCAGACUGCGGUAUGCUGCAGUCUACAGGAUACAGAGAGCUUCAGGUUAUUGUUUUCAUUAGUUUUUCAUCAGUAAGUCUUAGAGCUACACCUUUGGCUGUUCAUGUAGGUUAAAAAUGUGAAUGAAUGGUUUCUGCACGAUAAUAUUUGUGUACUGUCUCUAUCAGCAUUCAAGAAGGUGUUCAUGACUUGAAGGUUAGUGCAAAUGAAAGUAUAUUUUUGCCCCAUAAUUUCUAUUGACUGCUGAUUAAAAUGCCAAAAAUCGUCAUUGAAUCUGAUUUACGCGCAAAUGAUCGUUUUUUUCGCUAAUGAAUGCAAUUUUACGCAACUCUUCGCCUUUUCACAUAAACGAAUACGUAUUUUCUCCUAAUGAACAGCAAAAGUUUUGUUUGAAUGCUCUUCUGUUAGGUCGAUAGAUCACUUUUUUGGGGCAGAAUCAGCUUCCCAAGCAUAAACUUUUUAACAGAAAUUAUUGAAUUUUUAGAUAUUGAGAGACGUAUUUUCUGUCAAAGACCAUAACAGGAGAGUCAGAUAGACAGUGUAGCCCUUUUUUGAUAAUGGAAUGAUGGAGGAACAGGACAGUCUUUCAUGUACAUGAAUUGUUUUCUCCAGUUUUAGUCUGCCAAGCGGGACAAACAUCGUUUGAUAGAUGCGGGCAGAGAUGUGACUGCAUUGGUGGGCGUCUCGUUAACUGCGUAAGGAUUAGAAAAGAGUUCACAUCCCUCUCGUUGACAGAGCGAAGGCGAUACAUUCAAACCAUUCUUACAGCUUCAACUGACACCAGGUUCAAAAACGAUUACGACCGCCUUCUCAAUGACCAUAGGAUCCUCUUCGCGACGGGAAUUCAUGAGCGUAUUCACUUUCUCACAUGGCAUCGUUAUUUUAUCCUGCUUUACGAAAAUCUUCUUCGACGGGUUGACUGCAGAUUCACUGUGUCAUACUGGGACUGGUCUCGAGUUUCGGGUGAUCCUUUUCGAACAACGAAUCCCAGAGACCUUUGGCAUGGUGGCAAUGCUUCUUUUGGCGGAAAUGGCGUUCCUCCCAACGAGUGUGUACAGACGGGUCCUUUCAGAGAGAGCGUUUGGAGCCUCCCUCCCCUUCCAUCGGGAGCUCCAACCUCGCCUGGAUCUGGAUGCUUAAGGCGACAAUUUAAUGGAAACCCUCCAGACACGGUUGCAGUGAAUAAUGUCUUGCAAAUAAACCCGGUUAACUUCACAGAUUUUGAGCUGCUACUCAGAUUUAAUCUCCAUGACGUAGUUCACUGUUUGAUUGGUGGUACCAUGUGCUCUGUUGACGCCGCUUUAGCGCCUGAGUUUUUUCUGCAUCAUGGCUUCGUCGACAAGAUUUGGGAUGACUGGCAGAAGAAAAGUGAUGCUCACCUGAAUGCAUUCUUUCCUACUAUCAACGAGGUUAUGCCAGGUACUCAGGUGUUACCCAGGGAGGUGGUUAGUCUUUCAUCCCAGCCAGGAGGCGUUCGUGCAGAAUACCAGCAACCUACAAGCCCUGUGAGACCUCUAUCAGGUAUAUGUAUGGUCUAAGUUAUCUUUGGUCGUAUCUAUGAUCGUCCAGUUGAAGGUAGACCUGGGAAGGGCUGUUGCCGGAAGUGGUGACGGACGUUUCGACGACCUUCGCGGAGGUCAUCAACAGAGUUAAGUCUGAUGAUAACCCCUGCAAAGGUCGUCGAAAUGUCAGUCACCACCAAUUCCCCCACACCAUCAUCACCACUUCGAACAACAGGGUAGCUCAGAAUGAUAAAAAACGCUUGAAAAGAUGUGACUAUCAAAUAUCUCUUUGUUUUCAGGCAAGGGACAAAGUCAACGAAGGCGAUUUUCUUCUAUCAGUACAAAGGCCAUCAAACUGUUCCAUGUAAAGCCAUCUGAGGUUAAAAAAGCGAGAGAGAUGGAAAAGAUGAUACAGCCAUGAGCUGAAGCACCGAGCACCGAGGAAAGAAACACAGAAGCACCGACGAAAAAUUGUGUUUCUAUAUCACAUUUACUUAUGACUUAAAUAUUCAUUAUAAUCAAUCUUAAGCUUUGUACUUGCAUUGAAAAGUUACGAAUUUAACCAGUAUCUAAUAAUCUUGAACUGAUUUAAAUAGUAACUGGAAAAUAUGAAAUCGUGAAAACGUAAAAGUAAGGGAAGCUGUAACUUAUUCAUCACCUGGUGAUAUGGAUAAACUGGUGUGGAAUGUAACUUAAUAAAAAU